UUAUACAACCAGAUACUUACUAUUUAUGAGAGGGAAGUAGUCAAUUUGAUAUUCAAUCUGAUUUGAAAUGAUAAGUAUUCUGUGGAAAAUGGAAUUCCUAUGUACCAUUAUUGUAGUAGUUUUUGCUUUCUUGACCAUCAUGUACAGAAUUAACAGGUUUAAAACAGUUAAAAUUAAUAAAGAUUCAGUAUUUAUCACUGGUUGUGAUUCUGGUAUUGGAUUAUAUUUUGCUAAACACCUAGCAUCUUUGGGAUGUAUGGUGUUUGCUGGGGUAUUGGAUUUAAGAAGUGCUGGAGUCAAUGAAUUGCUCGAUCUUCAUUCUAAAGGAGAAAUAAGAAUUAUUAAGGUUGAUGUUACUAACGAUGGCAAUAUUAAGAGUUGUUUAAAAGAAAUUGAACAGGAAAUAGUUAAGAAACAAUUAGAACUAAUUACAGUUAUAAAUAAUGCAGGUGUGAUGGUUUUUGGUGAAUUUGAAUGGCAAACUGACGAACAGAUUAUGAAACAAAUAAAUGUAAAUCUUUUAGGCUAUAUGAAAAUUGCCAAGACAUUUCUUCCUCUUUUACAUAAAUUUAAUGGGCGUCUUAUAAAUGUAAGCUCUCACUGCUCAUUAGUACCACUUCCCUGUCUUUCAGUUUAUUCUGCAACAAAAUCUGCUAUAGAAGCGUGGUCUUCUUCUCUGGCUCUUGAAUUGCAUAAAUUUAAUCUGCCAGUUAUAACGAUUCUUCCAGGAUCAUAUGUACAACAAAGUGGUAUAUUAAAAAACCAUCAGAAACAAAAAGCAGAAAUGUGGCAAGAAAUGAGUCUUGAUCAGAAAGCAUUCCAUAAAGGAUAUUUUGAUCCAGUGAUGGAUUAUAUGUCUGCUGUAUACAAUCCAGGACCUAUCAAUGAUCCGGCACUACUUUCAAUUCUUAAAUCUGCAGUAUUUUCUUAUAAACCUAAGCAAACCUAUAUUAAUUCACCAUGGCGCUACUCCUUAUAUCAUAACUUGAUCAAUAUAGCAGGACCAUUUAAAAAUCUUAGGCGCUUUUUAAUAAUGUCUUAUAUCAGCUUGCCAAAAUAUAAGUAAU